AUGGCAUCCCCGCGACUCCUCUCUCGUUCACCAUUGACCUCAAUCCUUCGUCUCCCCAUCCAGACUACCAACGGAGCAAACCUCAUCCCUCGCACCCUGUCAAGAGUACAUAGAUCUUUUAUUUCCUCCCAGACUAAAGCGGCACCACUCAAGAUGUCCAACACCGACACGCUCAUUGAGCUAGCCAAAGCCCGCCGCACAAUCUACAAACUCGGAAAGAACAGCCCCGUCCCCGACUCCAAGAUCGAAGAGGUCGUCAACGCAGCUAUCCAGCACGUCCCCAGCUCUUUCAACACCCAGUCUACGCGGCUCGUGGUCCUCCUGCACGCCGAGCACGAGCGCCUCUGGGAGAUUGUCAUUGACACCUUCAUGCAGCUCGUUCAAAGCGGCGCCGUGCCCGAGACGACAUGGAAGAACCAGACGCUGCCUAAACUACAGGGGAUGAAGAAUGGUGUCGGGACGAUCCUUUUCUACGAAGACCCAGCACACAUCAAGCCCUUCUCCGAGAAAUUCGCAACCUACAAGGAUUACUUCCAGCCUUGGGCGGAGCACUCGAACGCCAUGCACCAGUACUUCCGGGGGAAACAGUCUGGACAGCCCUCGAGUCCCUCGGUUUCGGCGCAAACCUCCAACACUACAACCCCCUCAUCGACGCCCCCGUCGCCAAACAAUGGGACAUCCCCUCGGAGUGGCGCCUCAUCGCGCAACUCGUCUUCGGUAGCCGGGCGGGCGAAUCAGGCGAGAAGACCCAGAAGCCCAUUGAAGAGCGGGUUAAGAUCUUCGGCAAACUAUAACAACCUGACAACAAUUUUCGACACUACUACAUUAGAUGCGAUUCAAGAGCUUUUAGAUUAG